GAGCUCCGCGGCGAUGGCGACGUACGUGAGCGAGCUGGAGGCGGCCAAGAAGAGCCUGAGCGAGGCGCUGGGCGAGAACGUGAAGCAGUACUGGGCCAACCUGAAGCUCUGGUUCAAGCAGAAGAUCAGCAAGGAGGAGUUCGACCUGGAGGCGCGGCGGCUGCUCACGCAGGACAACGUCCACUCACACAACGACUUUCUCCUGGCCAUCCUUACCCGAUGCCAGAUCUUGGUUUCUGCACCAGAAGGUGCUGGAUCUCUGCCUUGGCCAGGUGGCUCUGCAACCAAACCUGGAAAACCCAAAGGGAAGAAAAAGAUUUCGUCAGUGCGGCAGAAGUUUGAUCACCGGUUCCAGCCUCAGAACCCGUUGUCUGGAGCCCAGCAGUUUGUGGCUAAAGAUCCUCAGGAGGAAGAUGACUUGAAGCUGUGCUCCCAUACCAUGAUGCUUCCUACGCGUGGCCAGCUAGAAGGAAGGAUGAUCGUAACUGCGUAUGAGCAUGGGCUGGACAACGUCACAGAGGAUGCGGUGACAGCCGUGGUUUAUGCUGUGGAGAACCAUCUUAAGGACAUUCUGACAUCUGUAAUAUCCAGACGAAAAGCCUAUCGGCUGAGAGAUGGCCACUUCAAAUACGCCUUUGGGAGCAAUGUUAAUCCUCAGCCUUAUCUGAAAAACAGUGUCGUUGCUUACAACAAUUUGAUUGAGUGCCCUCCAACGUGUGUGACACCUUCUGCUGGUCAGACUGUAGCCCCUCAGCCCCCACCUGAUGAUGCGGAGCAGCAGGCAGCGCUACUGCUGGCGUGCUCUGGAGACACUUUGCCAGCAUCCCUCCCUCCAGUGAACAUGUAUGACCUUUUUGAGGCGUUACAGGUACACAAGGAAGUUAUUCCUGCACACACCGUCUACGCCCUCAACAUUGAGAGAAUUGUCAUGAAACUCUGGCAUCCAAACCAUGAGGAGCUGCAGCAGGAUAAGAUCCACCGCCAGCAUCUGGCAGCAAAGGAGGGCCUUCUACUCUGCUAGAGCCUGGCAGCUGUGUCAGGCCUAUCGCUGCUGUGCUAUUCCUUGGACUUGAUGCUGGGAUGCUGCUUAAAAUCCCGUGUCUAUGCUUCAAGGAAGACGUAAGUUAGGAGUCAGCUUUUCCUAUGGAAAUACUACUGAGGUAAUGUAAGUGGUACACUUUCUCUGCUUCCCAAGAGUCAUGUGCCAUGGAGUGCUUGCAGCAAUCCCACUUAAUUGGAAAGGAGGAAUGAGAUUUGUUUGCAAAGACUUUUUUUUUAAUGAAAAAUAAAUGUGAGGGUGUAAAGAGUUGGUUCUAAA